AUGGCCUCUGCUUCAACAAAUCAAAAGGCAUCACGUCUUUACGAUGGUAAACCUGCCUUCAUCUACGGUACUGCUUGGAAGAAAGAUCAAACGAAGAGGCUAGUCAAGGAAGCUCUCGCUCAAGGCUUCCGUCGCGUCGACACAGCUGCGCAACCACGACAUUACCAGGAACCUUUGGUUGGUGAAGCGCUUCGUGAGGCGUUCGCUGAGGGCACACUUGAACGUGAACAGCUAUACUUACAAACAAAGUAUACCACGCCUGCCGGCCAAGAUCUGACCAACAUGCCCUACGACCCUGAAGCGCCGCUGGACACCCAAAUGCACACAUCCGUCGCAUCAUCAUUGAGAAACCUACGAUACAACGAGUCAGAUGAUGAAUCAUACGUUGACUGUUUACUUCUGCACUCUCCACUACCUACCAUUGACCAAACACUGCAAGCCUGGAAACUGCUAGAGUCUUAUGUGCCCGACAAGAUCCGCUCCCUCGGCAUCUCAAACGUCAGCCUCCCCAUUCUCCAAGCCAUCCACGAGAAUGCCACAAUAAAGCCGUCGGUCGUUCAGAAUCGCUUCUACCCUCAGACGCGCUACGAUGUACCGUUGCGCGCCUUCUGCCGAGAACACGACAUCAUGUACCAGUCCUUCUGGACUUUGACCGGCAAUCCUUCUCUAAUCAGAUCCGAGCCGGUUACUGCGUUGGCUCAAGUAGCGGGUGUCGGACUGCCUGUUGCGCUUUACGCUCUGGUCAUGGAUCAAGGAGUUGUGGUGCUCAAUGGAACUACUUCGAGUGAUCAUAUGCGGGCGGAUCUGGAGGGUAUUGACAAGGUGCGUGACUGGGCGCUGUCACAACCUGACAAGUUCAAGCCUAUUAGCGAGGCCUUCAGGUCACUGCUCGUAUGA